CACGAAAGCCAAACGGGUCUUACACAUAUUUCCUCAAAGCAAACGACGUUAGUUAAAAGAAAAAACAAUUGCUUUACUUUCACAAAACUUUAUCUGAUAAGGUCUGAAAAUGUUUGGAACUAGCCCGUUUUAACUCAAAGUGCGCAGAGAACAAAAGUGGUCAGCAAGCCAAGCAAAAAAUCAAUUAUAAUUUGUGUGAAUCUCCUGAAAGACCAUCGCCAGUGCUGACAGCAUGGAAACGGAGUCGCUGAACCGGAAGAACUCCUCCAGGAAGAGUUCCAUCGUGAACGGGAACGGAGACGCCUCCGCCAAGCUGACCAACGGGGAGGCGGAGGGUGGCGAUGGGGGCGGCGGAGGUGAGGUGACCCUGAAGGCCAAGAUGAGCCUGCUCAACGGCUGCACCGUCAUCGUGGGCUCCAUCAUCGGGUCGGGCAUCUUCGUGUCGCCCACGGGAGUGCUGAUGUACACGGGCAGCGUCAACUUGGCCCUCAUCGUCUGGGUCAUUUCCGGACUCUUCUCGAUGGUGGGUGCCUAUUGCUACGCGGAGCUGGGCACGAUGAUCACGAAGUCGGGCGCAGACUACGCGUAUAUCAUGGAGACCUUCGGACCCUUCAUGGCCUUCAUCCGACUCUGGAUCGAGUGCAUGAUCGUGCGGCCCUGCUCGCAGGCCAUCGUGGCCCUCACCUUCAGCACCUACGUCCUGAAGCCCUUCUUCCCGGAGUGCUCCCCGCCGGAGGACUCGGCCCGCCUCCUCGCCGUCUGCUGCAUACUCGUGCUGACCCUAAUCAACUGCUGGGACGUCAAAUGGGCCACCGCUGUGCAGGAUAUCUUCACAUAUGCCAAACUGCUGGCCCUGUUCAUCAUCAUUGCCACUGGCAUCUACCAGCUCUAUCUCGGCAAUGUGCAGUACUUUACGUUCGAGAACACGGACACCAAAGUGACCUCCAUCGCCCUGUCCUUCUACUCCGGCCUGUUUGCCUACAACGGAUGGAAUUACUUGAACUUCAUCAUUGAGGAGCUGAAGGAUCCCGUCAAGAACCUGCCCCGCGCCAUCGCCAUCAGCUGCACGCUGGUCACGGUGGUCUACGUCAUGGCGAACGUCUCCUUCUACACCAUCCUGUCGCCGGACGAGGUCCUGGGCUCCUCGGCCGUGGCAGUGACCUACGCGGAGCGGGCCUUCGGCAUGCUGGCCUGGACCAUUCCAGUCUUUGUGGCCUUGUCCACCUUCGGAGCGGUGAACGGCAUCCUGCUGACCUCCUCGCGACUGUUCUACGCCGGGGCCAACAACGGCCAGAUGCCUGAGAUCCUGACCAUGAUCCAGAUCCAGAGGUUCACGCCGACGCCCGCCGUCCUGGCCAUGGCCCUGCUGUCCAUGUUGUACCUCACCGUUUCGGACAUCUUCGCGCUGAUCAACUACGUGGGCUUCGCCACCUGGCUGAGCAUCGGAGUGGCCGUGCUGUGCCUGCCCUGGCUGCGGUGGGCCCAGCCCAACCUGCCGCGCCCCAUCCGCGUGCCCCUGGUGUUCCCGAUCGUGUACCUCAUCGCCACCAUGUUCGUGACCGUCGUGCCCAUGUACGCCAGUCCCGUGGAGACCGGCUACGGCAUCCUGAUGAUCCUGUCCAGCAUACCCGUCUACCUGGUCUUCAUCGCCUGGAAGAACAAGCCCAUCUGGUUCCAGAAGACCAUGGGCGGACUCACGCAAGUUCUACAAAAGCUGAUGAUGGUUGUGCGUCCCAAAGCGGCGUCAAAGUAAGCCUCACGCGAUUCCUACAGAAACUGCUCAUGGUACUCGGAAAGCAGGCGAAACCGGCUCAGGUGUAAAAGUAAGGACCGUUCUUCGGAGCAACAGCAGAGAUUAGAUUUCCAGUUAGCCAGGGGCAGAAACAGCAUUUAUAAGCAGACAUUGAUUGCAUGAUGCAUUAUAUAGACAACGUAACAACGUAACAACGUAACGCUUUUGUGUAGCCAACCAACGAUAUACAUAAAAAACACGAAAUUUUCAACCAGCUUCUGGGCGACAAUACGAUAUAUAUACUAUAUAUAUUUUUAUAUACACAUGUAAGUCUUAAGUUGAAGCAAGGCCCAGUGUCCAGUAGGUUUACGAAGAAGCCCAAUUAGAGUUCAGCUCUGGAACCGUAUUUUAUGGAAAGACUGCGGAACAAAGGGAAAAAUUACAAGGAAAAGUGUUCCGGAGCUAAGCAAUAAGAGGUCUUCGGAUUUUGGCAUUUUGAACUGAGCUGUGCAAGCAGAACGAGUCUUUUAGGAUCUUCGAGUGUUCUCAAAAAGGUGGUUAAGCAAAAACGCACUUCAGAAACUGUGGACCCCCAUCAAAAUAUACCGAUAAUUUAUUAAUUCAAUUCAAUUAAGUUUUAGAGGUUCCAUGCACAACCGUGUUUAGGCUUAGCUUUAAAGUAGAGGAAAUAGAGGAACACUUCAGCAUACUCAAAUGAAGGAUCUACAGAGCCAACGGAAACACCGGAAAAUCAUGAGUAUUUUAGAGCACAUUCGAUUACUUUUCGUUGACUAACGUCGGCUUAGAUUUAGUGGCACUGCAUUUUAUAUCAUCCGUUUGGCUUAAGUUGAAACCACGUUCAGAUUGCUCAGUUUAGGUUUCGUUUGUGCACCGUAGAGAGUCCUUUCUGUACAAAUCCCGGUUGAACUACCCGGUGACCCAAACAAAAACCAUCGCCUAAUGCACAUAUCCAACAAGAGAAACGAUUUAAAGUUGUUGAACGAGAACAGGAACAUUGCCAACAUACAUAUUUAUAUACCGAGAAUAACACUAUAUGCAAAUUGUUGUCUAAUUACGAAUACCAGUCGAAUCGAAUCGAUAUAGCAUUGACUUAACAUUCAUUAGUUGUUGUUGCUUUGAGUGUUGGCAUUAAGUGCUGCUCAUAUUAAAAUAUUAUUGCCUAUUUAGCAUUCAGCUAACUAUUUAACUGUUACACAUUAAAUAUGGAGCCGCAGCUGGGGAAUCUGUUUAACUACUAUGAAACAUAUUGUUGACAAUAAUAUUGUAUUUAUAUAUAAAUGUAUAUUAUAUUAUAUGUAUACCCUACAAAACCUCUGUCUUUCUGCAAAAGAUCGAUCAAGUAAAGUAAAUUGACAAAGUA